AUGUUCUACCUCGGCCAUGCCGGUCUGAAGUAUGGGGAUCAGGGGACUGUUUCUAUUGAGUGGUCGGAACAUGGGAGAUUGACAUGUGCCGGCCAGCUAUGGAGCAGACAUGACAAUUCUGCCGGCUUGGUAACCUUUUCCUCAGAUGUUGUGUCUCGAAUUCUAAUCUCGCAAAAGCAGAUGGACCCGCGCCCUCUCAAGUGUCUAACUCAUCAAGUCAUUGUUCGCCCUUCGAUCCGCCCUCUCACUCUACGUAUCAACGCCAUGGCCAGUGUUCACCAGAAAGUAGCCACCGGUCAGCGUGACGUUCGCUUGAGAUCUCUGGAUGGUUGCCAAACCUGUCGCAGGAGAAGAGUCAAGUGUGACGAAAGCAAACCUCGGUGUAACGGAUGCAUACGUCUAAAUCACUCAUGCUCUUGGACACGGGACUGGAAGUUCAAGGACCAUACAUCUCUGGUAGCAAGAGGAUAUCGUGUGUCGGCUGGACCCCAAGAUUCCGAUCAGUACAGACCGACCUCGACGGGCAUUAUGGCCAGCCUACAAUGGUUGCCCGUUUGGAAUGCAUGCCCAGCAGAUGCUGAUAUGGAUCAUGAUCUAGAAGUUCCUUUGUACCGAAUCCAGAGACCGCAAAAGCUCCGCUCUAGAGAGUGCCGUAUGCCACUGCAACUUGACAACGUACUUACGGAGCGCUCACAACUACUGAAUUCUGCAUUAUUUCACUAUCUCCCUUCUGACGAAUACAACCUUGGAAAGGAAGGCCUGGACGCGUCAGCCUCGAUCAACAUUCUCACUCUUCAUAAUCGCCCAAUAUCAAACCCGCAGUCAUCAGCACUCAAGGCCGCAAUCGAUACGUUCAGCCUAGCGCAAGCAGCGUUGGUACUUGGCGACGCUCGCUUCGCCGCAGCAUCUGUCCGGCGAUAUGUGGUUGGCGUGGCUGCCCUUAGGUCUGCCCUGUCCCGUCCACAAGACUCAAGUCGAGAUGAAUUAAUACUGGCCAUGCUAAUCUUCCAGCUGGUAGAGAUCAUGAAACCAACUUCGCAAAAAGGGGUUUGGGCGGUGCACAAUGCAGGCGCUCAGAGGUUUGUUGAGAGCCUUGGCCCAUGGCAACUACAAGAUCGGUACGAAGGGGCCCUGUUCGAUUCAGUUCGACAAAAUGCGAUCUUAUGGGGCAUUGUGCACAAAAAAGAAAUAUCCUUCGAUCAACGAAUAUGGAUGGCGAUGUCGGAAGCAGCUAUAUCGGUUACCAGCGAAAGACGACUCAUUGAUAUAGGCACAAUGAUACCUGGCCUCCUGGUUGUCACGCAAGACCUUCUUCAAGGAUAUGUCAAAGACGGAGAUUACAUCCCAAUCUGGCAGAAUCUCAAGCGUGUUCAGGAAAACCUGCUUACUUGGAUUCACCACUACCAUACUGAGAGCUCAUUCGCGGUCAAGGCAUGUAACGCCAAAAAUUUCCCAGCCUACUUUGACCAGAUAGGCACAACGAGCGACUUGCUCAGGCACGGUUUCGUUUUCUCCAAGUUUCACGAUGCUUGGUUCAUGUCUACAGCGUGGAUCUAUCUCUACGCUAUCCAGAAUGCCCUUCUACGUGUGGCGCAAAUCACUUCAGGGAUUGCAACCGAGGAAUAUCUGGACGAGCUACAGAAGUCCGUGCAUAUCGCGGUCUGGAAUAUGUGUCAGACCAUUCCAAAACUUCUCGAGCAUAGUUUUGGCUUUUUGGGUCGGAUUUGUAUCUUUCUGACAUCGUCCCUGAGGAGGAUGUACUUUGAAGCCAUCGGAGACCUUAAUAUGAUCGAAUGGUGCCAAAGAAUUGAUGCAAUCCUGCAUUGGCGAGGUGGUGUCGCACCUCUCUGGAUGUCCAAAUGGGAUGACGCCGUACGGCCGUGCCUGAGUGAGACAAACCGACGAGCAGAAGAGUUCACCGGCAUCCGACUACGAUUGUGAUCCAUGAAUGUCGACGGCCGCAAGUAUAGAUUUAGAAUCAAUCUCAAGUGCUGCUACUCAUGCUCAUCAGCCAUGUCUCUUGCG